AUGGCCAUCCAUAAGCUCCUUUUGAAGGUUGUCGUGCUUGGGGCUUUAUUGAGUUCAUACCACAAUCGCAUAACAGAAGCUACUAAUUCAAUGAUGAAGCACGGAUGCCGACGUGCUUGUGGAACUCUCUCAAUUCCUUAUCCCUUUGGAACGAGGGAUAGCAAUUCCGAUUGCCGCAUCGAUCACCCAUCUUUUACCAUCGAAUGUGACAAUUCUACUAACCCUCCUGUACCUUACAUGGAUAAAAGAACUAGUGACCUUGAAAUAUUAGACAUUUCUAUCGAAGACCAUGAGAUGCAAGUAAAUGUUUCAUCCGUUCGAGAAUGCUAUAACUCUUCCGGGCACAAUGGGACUUCGAGCGUAUAUACGGGGCUCUCGGUAGCUGAUUUCCCCAUAUCCAACACCAAGAACAAGUUCAUUGCCAUCGGUUGCGACACAUUGGCCACAUUCCAGGACCCUGAGGAGAAGUUCUCUUUCAGUUCUCGACUGGGCAAUAGGGAAUCAACAUGUGAGGAUGCCAAGAAGAACAGUGCUAGUUACAAGUGCACCAACAACACCAUUUGCACCGAUGCUGAAAAUGGAUCCGGAUACAAGUGCACUUGUAAAGGAGGUUACCGAGGUAAUCCUUACCUUGUGAAUGGUUGUCAAGAUAUUAAUGAAUGUGCUGAUCCAGAGAAGAACCCGUGCGACGGAAUUUGCCAUAACACCGAGGGAAGUUAUACAUGCUCAUGCCCAAAGGGUUACCGUGGUGAUGGCAAGAAGGGUGGAGAUGGAUCCAGAUGCAUUGCUAAUCCUAAAUCAUCACAUUUGGUGAUCAUUUUGGUCGGUCUUGGUGUGGGCAUAAUAGUGUUGUUAUUCAGCGCAAGCUUUCUGUAUUUAGGACUUAAGAAAAGGAAACUCAUUAGGCUCAAAGAACAAUACUUCAAGCAAAAUGGUGGCUUGCUUUUGCAGCAACAAUUACACGAACACGAUAGAACCACAAAUGCCGCAAAAAUCUUCAAUGCUGAGGAGCUAGAGGUGGCCACCAACCAUUAUGAUGACAGCAGAAUAGUCGGCCGAGGAGGAUAUGGCACCGUUUACAAAGGGAUCUUGCCUAAUAGCACUAUAGUUGCGAUUAAGAAGUCCAAGCUGGUGGAUGAGAACCAAAUCAAGCAAUUCAUUAAUGAGGUCAUAGUGCUUUCCCAGAUCAAUCAUCGAAAUGUGGUCAACUUAUUGGGGUGUUGUUUGGAAACAGAAGUGCCUCUGUUAGUGUACGAGUUCGUGAACAAUGGGACUCUCUUCGAACAUAUCCACAACCUGAACAAGUCCUCCAAGAUGUCCUGGGAGACCCGGUUGAGAAUUGCCUCGGAAACUGCAGGAGUCCUAUCAUAUUUGCACUCUGCAGCUUCCAUUCCUAUAAUCCAUCAAGACGUCAAGUCGACGAAUAUCCUCUUGGAUGCUAAUUACACUGCGAAAGUCUCUGACUUCGGAGCUUCGCAAUUAGUCCUGCUUGAUCAAGCUGAAUUGUCUACAAUGGUUCAAGGAACAUUUGGAUACUUGGACCCCGAACACCUGCACACUAGUCAAUUGACGGAAAAAAGCGAUGUUUAUAGCUUUGGCAUUGUGCUAGUCGAGUUGUUGACAGGGAAGAAGGCGCUCUCUUUCGAUCGACCUGAAGAAGAGGGGAGCUUGGCCAUGUACUUUCUUUUGGCGUUGAAAGAAGAUCGGUUGUUUCAGAUUGUUGAGGAGCUCAUUGCAGAAGACAAUGAGCAAGUGAAAGGGGUUGCCGAUCUUGCAAAGAGGUGCUUGAAAUUAAAGGGAGAUGAGAGGCUAACCAUGAAGGAAGUGGCAAAUGAAUUGGAUGGAAUAAGGGCAAUGGCUAACCACCUGUGGGUUAAUAUCGAUUUGAAUUCAGAAGAGACGGUUCAUUUGCUCGGAGAGAUGACCGACUCCAUUGUUUAUGCAGAGAGUAGUAACACCACGAACACCGGCUAUACUGAUAGCAUGAAAAACCAUGUCAUGCCACCGGUUAAUAGUGGCAGAUGA